AUGGAAGGGCAAUAUCUGCGAGAAAUUGCCAACAAAGAACUGCCGCCAUCCAGGCCAGAAUCUCGGAAGAGUGUGCAGAGCGAGCACAGUGUAGAUGAAGCAGAAACUGGGUCAACAGCUGAUCGACUACGGAGGCCCGUGAGGCACACCGUCGCUUCAAAGAUGCUCGAUCCCGAUGAGUUGGCAGCAGAACAACUCGUGCAAAUGGCAAGAAGCCGAGGGGGUUAUGCCGCACAAAUGACAAUGAGGCAUAGGCAGUUCAACGAAGCCUUUGAGCAAGGGCUGCACACCUCACUCCUACAGCAGCCGCUGGGUGAUCUCGAAAACGCCUUUGAAAGGUUCAGAGACAUCCAUGACAACUAUGUCAGAUUGGCCGCUGCUGUAAACCCGGCCCGAGCUGUUGAAUGUCGGGAGCAUUUCCAGAAUAUGCUCGGGCUUAUCCAAAGCGUCCGCUUUAAGUUUGAUCAACGGAUGAGGCAGGAAGACCUAAACGACAAGCUGAGUCCGUCGGAUAGUGUCUCCCAACAAGGCAGCAGCUCAUCAAAGACAAGCAGGGUGUCUAGUUACCUAGCGAUCGCUUCAGCCAAGAAGGCCGGGCUGACGGAGAAAUCCCGUCUGCUCAAGCAACACCAGUCAAUGAAAAUGAAACUGCAACAAGAAAUCGAGGAAGCUGAGCGACAAGCUAAGGUGUCCGAGUUGGCGCUGAAGGAGAAGGCCAGACAACUCCAGUUUGAAAGUGAGCGCAUGACCUUAGAGGAAGAGCUCCGAGCAGCUGACGCUGAGGAACAGACCUUAGUCAAGCAUCUGGACCGUGACAGAGCCCCCGAUCCAGUCCUUUCGCCUGUCAUCCAAGAUCAAGUUAGGGUUCCUGAGAGACAAUUUAUGCUUAACCCUUUGGUUCCGGAGUUCCAUCAACGACAGUACAGCAGUACACCACAACGCCCUCGAGCGUCUCCAGAUAGGCGAACGGCUCCUGACGUGAAGACAGUACCUGCUCCAUAUGAACCAGAUUGGCUGAUUUCCUUUGAGCCUACCGCCCAGAGAUGCGAUCCAGCGACUUUGGUUCGAGCUGCCGCUCCAACCACGAUGUCGCAGCCUUCCCCAGACGUCGCCAGGAUGCCACAGCCAGUACCGGCCGACAUGACUUACCGCACUGGCUCAGCCGCCUCAAUGUCACAACAAGUGGCCGAGAUGGUGUACCGGCCCAUGCCAGUGAUGAUGUCACAUCCUGCCGAUGACGUCCAAGCCGCCAUGCCGCGCCAAGCAGUGCCAGGCACGAUCUCACAACCAGUUCCGGCCGAGAUGGUGUACCGGCCCAUGCCAGUGAUGAUGUCACAUCCUGCCGAUGAUGUCCAAGCCGCCAUGCCGCGCCAAGCAGUGCCAGGCACAAUGUCCCAACAAGUGACCGAGAUGGUGUACCAGCCCAGCCCUGUGAUGAUGCCUGAUAUGAUGUCACAUCCUGCCGAUGUUCAAGCCGCCAUGCCGCGUCCAGCAGUGUCAGUCGUGAUGUCACAGCCAGCUAAAGUUGCCACGCAUCAAAAUGUUACGACUACUUCAGGGAAUGUCUCAGCACAUCCGAGUUAUGUUAUCCCUGCCAUUGAUACGUCAUCAAGCCAAGUGCCAGUAGCAGCUCCUCUCGAUAUACAGCGACAACUAAUCGAUGCCUUGCGUCUUCCCAAGACCGGUCUUCAGAAGUUCGACGGAGAGCCGAUGCAGUAUUGGGCGUUUAUGAAUAGUUUUGAUAGCCUGGUGCACAGAGCCUGUGUUACAGAUGGAGACAAGCUCAACUGCCUGAUGGAAUACUGCUGUGGUAAAGCUGCCCGAGUAAUUCGUCAUUGCGCUUUGAUGUCACCAUCAGCAGGAUAUGCCAGAGCUAGGGAGCUGCUGAAGGAGCGAUUUGGUGAUGAAUAUACCAUUGCGAAGGCUUGGGUGAAGAAGAUAGUUGAAGGCCCACCAGUAAAGACCAACUCUGGUGAAGCGCUGCAGGAGUUUACUGACGAUGUCCGGGGAUGUUACGAAACGUUAAAGGCCAUGAAUAAAUUGGCAGAGGUCAACUCUCAAGACCGGAUGGCAGACAUCUCAACUAGACUUCCCCUUUAUAUCCAGUCGAGGUGGAGAAAGGAAGCGCAUCGGUCGAAGCUACGGACAAAGUCAUAUCCAGACUUCAAAGCCUUUGUCACCUUUCUCGAAAUGGUGUCUGGCGAAGAAAAUGAUCCAGUCUUUGGCAAGAUACAGGCCAAGGAUAGAGUUGAGAAGAAGCGAACCUUCCCACAGAAGAAAACAGGCGUCAGUUUAACAGUGCAAGCGACCGGCAAAGAUAAUCAGGCGACCAAAGCAGCCAGAAGCAGUCCAGCUAAAAUCAAGUCCGUCACCAGCGAUGCUAAGCCCGAGACCAAGAAGAUGAGUUGUCAUAUAUGCAGCCAGAGUCAUAAAGUUGCAGCCUGCCCUAAGUUCAAGGCCAUGGAACCCACAAGACGUCUGGAGGUUGUGAAGGAGAAGCGGUUGUGCUUCAACUGCCUUGAUUUCAGCAACCAUAGCUACCGUCAAUGCCACAGGUCCAGUGACUGCCAUGAGAAAGAUUGCAAGCUCAAGCACUCUCAACUCCUGCAUGCUGCCAUGGUAAAGAAGGAACAUGCCGCUGUCGCGAAGCCUGCUACUCCUCCCAGCCAAGUCAAGACUGAUGGUGCAGAGAAUUUCGCCUGUGACUCACUGAACAAAGAUUCAACACGCAUUGCCUUGCCGAUUGUCUCAGUCUACGUCAGGGGGAAAGGGCAGCACGAGUUCAUCAAGACAGACGCGCUGCUAGACUCCGGCAGCAACAGAACGUUCUGCUCUAAGUCCUUGUUGUCCCAGCUCAAGUUGGAGGGAUCAAGAACAGCUCUGUCUUUGGAGACCCUCGGUCAAAGUGCAGCCACAGAUGCCAUCGAAGUGUGUCUUCAGGUUACACCGACGUCCAGAAAGGCCAAGAAGAGAAGUGUGCUGGACUUGCCCAGGGUGUAUGCCAUCGACAGCUUUCCAAAUAGCAUCGCAGGACCGAGUCAGUUGGAUAUCGGCAGAUGGCGUCAUCUUACGGGAGUAUGCGACAACUCUGUCGACGACAAGGGGGUUUCGCUGCUUAUUGGCCAAGAUGUCCCACAAGCCAUUCUUCCGCUUGAAGUCCGCCGGGGUCGAGAUGAUGAGCCGUAUGCGAUCAGAACCAGCCUAGGGUGGACUCUGAACGGUCCAAUUGGUGGUCAACCAGCAGACAGUACGGCUGUCUGCUCCUUUAUUCAAGCUGGCCUUCCCGAAAAGAUGAACCAUGAACGUGUCUUGGAAGUCCAAGUUGAGCAGUUUUGGAGACUUGACGCCUGCCAGUCUCUUGCAAGUGGCCAGCCCCAGAUGUCACAAAAUGACAAGAAGGUAGUCGGCGUGUGGGACAAGUCAGUCAGCUUGGUGGACGGCCAUUACCAGCUCAACAUCCCGUUCAAGAAGACGCCUCCCGAACUGCCGGACAACCGUAUGAUGGCCGAGAAAAGACUCCAGUCUCUGGGCCGAAGAUUGAGCAGAGACCCCGCAUUGCACGACAAAUACAGAAGUGGUAUGCAGGAUCUGUUGGACAAGGGCUUUGCAGAGCCAGUUCCAGAAGAUGAGAUGUCGCAACCGGGUAGUGUUUGGUACCUCCCUCACCAUAAUGUCGUCAAUCCCAGUAAGCCGGAAAAGUUCCGUAUCGUCUUCGACUGCGCAGCCACAUAUGCUGGGACUUCUCUGAACGACCAGGUCUUCCAAGGCCCCGACCUGAUGAACAAGCUGCUUGGUGUUCUGAUGAGGUUUCGCGAAUGCCCUGUUGCUGUUAUGGGAGACAUCCAGGAGAUGUUCCACAUGGUCAAGGUCAAACCCGAAUUCAGAGACGCAUUGCGAUUCCUUUUUUGGAAGGAUGGUGAUCCCAAGAAGAAACCUCAAGUCUACAGAAUGACGGUUCACCUCUUCGGAGGAGUAUGGAGCCCGAGUUGCUGCAGUUACGCCCUGAGACGAACGGCUGAAGACCAUAAAGACGAAUUUCAUCCCGAUACCAUAGAAACAGUGUUACAGGACUUCUACGCUGACGAUUGUCUAAAAUCCGUACCCGGUGUUGAUGUCGCUGUCAAGCUGGUUGAGGAAUUGAGAACGUUACUUCAACUGGGAGGAUUCCGACUCACGAAAUGGUCUUCAAACAGCAAAGAGGUCCUCCUGUCCAUUCCUGUUGAAGACAGAGCGAAGACCAUAAAAGAUCUCGACCUGACGUCCGACUCCCUACCAAUUGAGAGAGCCCUGGGUGUCCAAUGGGACACGGAGACGGACACGUUUGGUCUCAAGAUUCGCUAUAAGGAACCAGUCUUCACGAAGCGCGGUCUUCUUAGAAUCACCAGCUCUAUGUACGACCCCCUGGGAUUGGUUAGUCCAUUCGUCCUCGAAGCGAAGAUGAUCUUCCAGACAGAAUGCAGAUCCGACAAAGGAUGGGAUGAUGAAAUGAGCCCCGCCAGCAUCAAGAGAUGGCAGAGAUGGUUGGAUGGCCUGCCCAAACUAGAAGAGUUUCAAGUGCCAAGAUGUAUUCAUCCGACCGAUUUCGGCAACAACACUGAAGCUAGAUUACAUCACUUCUCCGAUGGAUCCGCCGAUGCCUAUGGUGCUGUGAGUUACCUGAGAUUGGUGAACAGUGACGGCGCUGUGCACUGUACGAUACUGAUGGCGAAAUCCAGACUGGCGCCGAUGACACCGAUGACGAUUCCUCGCCUGGAGCUGUCCGCUGCCGUGCUCGCUGUGAAGAUGGACAACCUCAUACGUCGUGAGAUAAGAUUGCCCCUGCAAGAGUCGACAUUUUGGACGGACAGCACCAUCGUUCUCCAAUAUGUCAAGAACAAAACCAAGCGUUUCCAGACCUUUGUCGCCAACCGUGUAGCCGUAAUUCAUGAUGGUACAAGGCCAAGCCAGUGGCGUUACGUGGGGACAAAGGACAACCCGGCUGAUGAUGCGUCAAGAGGGCUGAACGCCGAACAGAUGUUGUCCGACACCAGAUGGCGCCAAGGUCCGGCGUUCCUAUGGUUGAGUGAAGACAGUUGGCCAGAAAUACCAGAAGGACAGCCUAACCUGCUUGAGAGGGAUCCCGAAGUCAAGAAGGAAGCCAAGUCCUGUGCGGUCGUGACGGUUCCUGACGAUUUCAUAGUAAAGCUGUUCAACAGAUAUUCAAGCUGGCCUCGACUACUCAAAGCAGUGGCGUAUCUUUUGAGAUUCCACAAGUGGCUACACAAGAAAAGACCCAAGAUGAAUGACCGUCUAUCCCCUGAAGAACUGAAGGCAGCAGAACGAGCUAUUCUUCGAUGUCUCCAGAAAAGGCAUUACAGCAACGAGGUCAACGCCUUGAGAUCAAAUACACGCAUCACGAAGCAGAGUUCAAUAUUUGAACUAGAGCCGUAUCUGGACGAAGACCAGCUCCUGAAAGUGACGGGACGCUUAAAGAAUGCUUCGAUUCCUGACCCAGCCAAGCAUCCAGUGAUUGUGCCGAGAGAUGACCACGUAACAACACUCAUCGUACGAGAUGCGCACGAGCGGCUUUGCAGGCACUCCGGCAGAGAACACGUUAUGGCGAAUUUACGGCAGAACUACUGGAUUCCACAGGCCCGUCAGCUGGUGAAAAGAGUUCUCAGAGACUGCAUUGUUUGCAAAGUGCUUCACGGCAAGCUGGGGCAGCAGAAGAUGGCAGAUCUCCCGCCUGAACGAGUGACACCAUCAAAGUAUCCCUUCCAGUGUCUGGGUGUUGACGUUUUUGGUCCCUUUUACGUUAAGAGAGGACGUUCUCAAGAGAAGCGCUAUGGAUGUAUGUUUACCUGUUUGUCAAUGCGAGCGAUUCAUCUAGAGAAGCUUUCGUCCAUGGACACAGACUCCUUCAUCAACGCCCUAAUCCGAUUCUGUGCAAGACGAGGAGUUCCAAAGCUGAUCCGGUCCGACAAUGGCACCAACUUUGUCGGCGCAAACCGUGUGCUGCGAGAAUCGAUUGCCCAGUGGAAUGAGAGUCAUCGCCUGAAAGAAUACUUGCUGCAGAACCACAUUGAUUGGACCUUCAAUACCCCUACAGCGUCGAAUAUGGGCGGUGUCUGGGAGCGCAACAUCCGAACUGCCCGGAAGGUGAUGAACUCCAUACUACUAAAGCAGUCCCUCGAUGAUGAACGCUUGGAUACGAUAUUUGCCGAAGUUGAAAACGUCGUGAAUAGCCGUCCGCUGACUGUCGUCUCCAACGAUCCCAAAGACCAACUCCCACUAACACCGAAUGAUUUGCUGCGUCCUUUUGGAAAGGGAUUCCCGUCGCCAAUCGGAACCUUUGGAAAGGCUGACAUGUUCGGAAAACGGUGGAGACAUGUCCAAUUCGUCGUCGAUCAGUUUUGGAAGAGAUGGACCGCUGAAUACCUCUCUGCUCUUCAAGUCCGAUCAAAGUGGAUUGCCGAACAGCCGAAUAUACGCGUAAACGAUUUGGUCUUAGUUCUCGACCAGUCUUUAGCAAGAUCUCACUGGCCGUUAGCACGAGUCACCGAUACGUUCCCCGGAAAAGACGGAUUGGUACGUUCUGUGGAGCUGAAGACAGCCUUUACCGAUAAGAUGGUGCGGCCGAUCAACAAAAUCGUUUUGCUGGAGGCAACUGCGGAUGAUCACAACCAGGAUUAA